GACAUAUUUAGAAUUUGUGGCUCCAGAUAAUUUUACCUUCACAUACAUUUAAUGUAACCUAUUCUAGAGUCCAGCUUUAGUCUGUCUACUGUGAUGUCUCUACUGUGCAGUGCAUUACUGGUUAAUGAUUAUUUUGGAAGUUUUUUGACAGAUGCAAAAUGUUGCUGCGAGUUCAGUUUGGUGUAGAGCAAAAGUAUGUCAAGCUGUCAGAGCUGACAUUUGAUGCUUUCUUGCAAGAAGGAUAUACUCUGCUAUCAAAAUGUGUUUAAUGGUGCAAUCCUAAUUGAUAUACAGUAUACAUGCUUCAUUCAAUGACCAGAAAACAUAAUUUUUGUUACCAGUGUUCACAAAAUUCAGCAUACCCGAAGAAUGUCAGGCUGAAAUCAAGGUGUAUGACCAGUCUGACACAGAAGUCGACUCAGAGGUUUUUCAAGAAAUCGCAAAGGAGUCACCUGGAACCUUUCGGGUCACUCUAGGCAUAAAAGAACUUGGUGCCUCUCCAUCAUCAACCUCUGUAAGAUCUGAUGACACGGUAAUUCUAAACCUCUCUGUGUGUGACCCUAAUGAAGAAGCAGCCACUGUUGAAGGAAGCCAACCUAAAAGACCAUGCAGAGUAAACUGUGAGGCAAAAGGGUUGAUUGAAAAAAUCCUAACAUCAAAACCCGGUGGUGAACGUAUUAUCCACGAGUAUGAUAAGACCAAAAGUCUCACAGAUGCCACCAGAAGACAAAUGAUUAACAUACUUGCUGCUGAGAUGACAGAAACACAUGGGACAUCCCCCCCCAAAAGUGUCAGGGUGAUGUAUGCACAGGGGAUUGUUGCAUUCUUUCCUUAUCUGGAAGACCCAUAUUCACAACAUGGAUAUGAACAUUACUACGAUCCAGAGAGUGGGUCUGGAUACCUGGCAUGGCGUUUGAAGACCAUACAAAGAAAAAUCGCUGAAGAAAAAGGGGCCUCAGAAAGCAAAUCCCCCAAAACUGGUGGGCCAGGCCAUGGUAGACAACCUAUCACCAGUGACCAAGUACCAACUGACAAAGAGGUGGAAGCAGCCAUUGCUGUUUUGAGAUACUCUGCUGAUGAAGACACAAUCCGUGAGAAGAUGAAAACUACUUUUGUGUAUCGCCAAGCAAUGGUCAAUAAUGCAGACAAGUCAGCAGAUGUAUUUUUGGUCUUCCCACGGUUUUUGGACACAGCAGGACUGAUAGAACAAGACUUCAGACAUGUGUUUGGUGAGGCCACAGCCAACACAUUCCUGGAGAAGUGGCCAACCACUUUCAAAGAAAAGGUGAUGAAGGAAAGCCAGGGACUCGUACACACCACAGAACUCUUGGAUUUGAUGCGCAAUGCUGAGUCAGCUGUGGAGACUGAGAAUGGCUGGGACUGUGACAUAUCUGCCAUCCUGCUGCUGCUACAUUUGCUACCACCAGCUGCACAAGGGCGAAAGAGGCCAGGAAAGAUGUCUGCAUCUCAAGCAGCAGAUAAGCUCAUCAGAUUUCAAAAGGUUGGAACCAGUGUGCAGCAGCAUCUAGAUGGCAUCACCCAAAGCAGUCAGCCCUACCUUCUUGCCCUUGGAUCUACAAGGAGCUGCAUCCACUCCUACUUCAUUGUGGUCGACAAGCAUGCGCUACCAUGCAAAGCGACAGGUUCAGUGGGAGCCUUUGACGAACUCUUUAAGGCCCAUUUCGUCUUUGGUACGUCAUACAGUCCUUGCCUGAACAACUUUUUCACUUUUUUGCAAACAACCAUCUACAACAUUGACAUGGGGAACCAUCUACAACAUUGA